GGGCGACCAAGUCCACUGUUGUGGAGUUUUUGGGGCUCUUGGCAACCUGCUUCUCGGAUCUCAUGGAGACAAAUCUGCUUGUUUGCGUGUAUGGUGCAGCCGAUGACGUAUUAACGGGCAUUAUGGAAGUCAGGAGAGAACUGGGCUAAGUUUUGGUGCCUUCCUCCAAAAUGGGGAAGUGGGGCGUGCACAGGAGGAUGCUGUGUUUGUGGUUGUCGCUCCUCGGAUUCGCCUUGCUUCUGCUGAUCGUUUCUGAUCUUUUCCACCGAGGGCAAUAUCACUCUUACCAGAAGGUUGGCACCCGACGCGACCCCCUCCAGCGGAGCCAGGCCCCACCGGACGACUUGGAGCUCAUCGGAGACGCAGCGUCCGAGCUCUUGCCCGAACUCGUCCCCAUCAACUCGCUUAAAGAGGACCAGCUUUUGUUCGUGGCGUCCACGCGGGGCGCGCGGGACCCCCCGCACAAGAAGUGGAACUACAAGGUGCUCUUGCCCGCGGCGAGGAAGGAACUUGCGGGAGAAGGAGCGCGGGAUCGACGAGGCAGCCACGCGUCACCGCCCGAGGCGCGACAUCCCAAGUGCCUCGGCGAGCAGUACAGCGAAUCUCUGCCUUCUGCCAGCGUGCUCAUCUGCUUUCACAACGAAGCCUGGGCCGCUCUUUUACGCACACUGCACAGCGUCUUGAACGCAACACCCAGAUCCUUCUUAGCGGAGCUUCUCCUCGUGGACGACCUCAGCACGCACGAUCACUUGCAGACUACGCUCAGUGAAUAUGUGUCCCACCUGGACGGGGUGCGUUUGAUUCGCAGCACCGAGCGCCUCGGGGUCGCAGGGUGCCGUAACCUGGCUGCAUCCCGAGCUUCGGGGGAGGUGCUGGUGUUCGUGGAGCCGCGCUGUGAAUGCCGCGACGGCUGGCUGGAACCGCUCCUGCAGAGGCUGGCCCAGGACAGGACCAGAGUAGUUUCCCCCAUUGUGGAUGUGAUCCACUGGCAGACAUUCGAGUACAACGUCACCCAGUGGCCAGUGUGGGGAGUUUUCAACUGGAAUCUGGACUUUUCCUGGGAGGCCAAACCGCAACUUCUGGACGAGGACUCAGACUUGGCGAUCGAACCUGCACUGAGUCCAGCUUUAGGAGGUGGAGUUCUGGCCAUUGACAGACAUUUCUUCCACAAUGUGGGAGCCUUUGAUCCUGGUAUUCUACUGUGGGGAGGGGAACUAAUUGAGCUGUCCAUCAGGGUGUGGUUGUGCGGGGGCUCCAUGGAGGUGGUUCCCUGCUCUCGCGUGGCCCACCUAGACCACCACCCCCGCCUCCCAUCCCGCUUCCAAGACCAGGAGCAGCUUGAGAGGAACAAGAUCCGCAUAGCUGAGACGUGGAUGGAUACAUACCGCAAAAUCUUCUACAGGCGGGACACGCUGGCUCAUUUUAUUAGGCAGUCUGAGACGCCCAAUAUUACAGAGCGCCUGCAGCUGAAGAAGACUUUGGGCUGUAGGGACUUCCAUUGGUACCUGACGAAAAUCCAUCCCCAACUUUACGUUCCACAGGACAGAUCAGGACUCUCAGGCGAGCUGUACAACGUCGUAGUUGGUGGCUGUGUCGACCACCUCCCGGGUCAAGGGGUGCCUGUUGGAUCCAUGAUCCUCGCGCCAUGCAGCGGCACGGGCAGUCAGGUAACCAUGACAACGGUCUUUUCAAGCUCUGAACGAAAGAGGCCGGGCACAAAGAUUACCCAGAGGUCAUUGCAGCACUGCGAUCUCAACUCUGACGGGGAAGUGAGAUGGGGUCCCGCGGGGGCUUUGUGUUUGGACGCCGUCGGCGAGCGGGUAGUCCUCUCUGAGUGUCAGAAACCGAUCAGUGACAGGCUCCAGUGGACGUUCAUAAAGCUGAGUGGCCAGCUGCUCCAUCGACUGUCCCAGUUGUGUAUGGAGGCUGUGAAGGACGGACGCCCCCCACGGAGCUCCCCGUCAAAUGAAGUCGGCGCCCGCUCGGGUGCGGGAGAACUCAUCCUGCGACCCUGUAGGCGUCAUCCCACACAGCAGUGGCGCUUUGAGCAGCUAGUGUCACCUUAAUUAGCGUGACAAAGAGCAAUUAUGGACUCACAACAUGUCAAUGCCAAAUAUUAUUAUGACUGCAUAGUGGCUCACUGUGUUAAUUGCGGAGAAUCUAUACAGCAUGUUGAAAAGAGUUGUUGAACACAUCCGUUGUACAUUUAAUUAAUCAAUCAGCUGCCCCCUGGAUCUUAAUUCUACAUCUUAGGCACGGUGGGAUACAUUCGGUGUGGUUCACUAAUGUUCUUCUGGAUUUAUUACCCACUGACACACUCCAAACAUCAGAAGCGUGGAGGCUAUUUUUGUUACUUUUUAAUAAAAAAAAAAAAUAUAUAUUUACUGAUGUUAUGGAAAAAAGGUUACAUUAUUUUUUUUCUUCCAUAAAAUGUUAUAAUAAUGCAUCAUUUUUGAUUAUAAUUCCUUCUGGUAAAACGUUUUCAAUAUUUGUUCCUGUUUUAAGGAUUUCCGGUUGUAUCCCUAUAAUUUAAUAAACUUGUUAAAGACUAUAUUAUCUCACACCCAAAGAACAUGAUUGUUCAUAAAUUCAAGAAGUAGAAAGUCCGUGUUUACGUCCUUAACUCCAAGUCGACAUUGUACAUGGACUUUUUUUUGUUUUGUUUAGCUAAUGUUAGCAUUGAAUGAGAACAUGGCGGACUUUCACUUAGCAACACGAUGCAGUUAGUAAGCUGACUACGUACUGUUGAACAAAUACAUUUCAAAUUUCUGAAAGGGUUUUUAUGUCAAUUGAUAUUUGACUACGACAGAGUGGACAUGUUUAGUAUGACAACAUUCAACUUCACACAUAAUAUGAUGAAAAGUAGGACAAGUGGAAACAUUUAUUCUGUAACGACACACCGUUUCAGCCUCCACUGAAGAAACAAAUUGCUUGUAGAAAUGUCACUGAAAACAUCAGUGGGUUUCCUAAUUAAACUCUUCGGUCUUAUUGUAAGUGGACAAACAUUUACACUCGCAGUACAACGAUAAGUCUCUUAAAAUGUGUUUCCUUCAUUUUGUACAUUUUUUUCCCCCCAUUGUGUGUAGGUGACUUUGGCACGUCGCACACACUGCUCCGCUAACUACAGUGUAUGUACCGAGUGGCUAAAUGAUAUUAAAUUGACAAAAAUAAAUAAAAAAAAAUUACAGGG